AUGACUAUCUUCCGGAAAAUCGUUACCUCUGUUGUUGUUGCAUUCGCUGCCUUCAGUAGCAUAACUGGCGCUCAUCCAAUUGUUAAGAGGCAGGCAGCACCGGCCCUGACGGAUCUAGAUAUUCUCCAAUUUGCGUUGACCCUCGAGCACCUCGAAUCUGCAUUCUACAAAGAAGGAUUCGCCAAAUUCCCUGCCGCUGACUUCCUUGCAUUGGGCCUGACACAAGAAGAUGUCGACGGGCUGACGCAGAUUGGAGUCACCGAGGCAACUCAUGUCACUGCACUCAUGGCCGCCAUUGCAGGUGCGGGGGCUACACCGGUGCAGCCUUGCACCUAUAACUUUGGGCUCACAGAUGCUGCGUCUAUGGUUGCUGCUGCGAAGGUUCUUGAGGCAGUCGGUAUCAGCGCCUAUCUCGGUGCCGCUCCCCUCAUUACAGACGGCAAGAUUCUCUCCGCCGCAGCUUCAAUCGUUACUGUUGAAUCCCGCCAUCAAACUUUCAUCCGGACGGCCCUCAAGCAGUCGCCGGUCCCGCAAGCCUUCGAUGCCGCAGUCAGCGCGCGGCAGAUCUUCACGCUGGCCGCAGGAUUUAUCACAGAGUGCCCUGCAGGCUCUUCACUUGGCCUUCAGGCGUUCCCAUCGCUGAAUAUUGUAAACGCUGCGACAGUUACUGCAGGGUCCGUAUUGACAUUGUCGGACCCAACAGCGUUUGCGGAUGGGAGUACGUUCUGCGCGUUUACGUCCGGUGAGGCGGGGACCCAGUUUGCGCCGCUCGCAUCGGGGAGUUGUGUAGUUCCGCAGGGAUUGGGUGGAGAAGUGUACGUUGUGUUGACGAGUAGUGGGACCACGGUGACGGAUGAGGUUGUGCUUGCUGGGCCUGCUGUUUUGUCGUUAUCUUAG